AUGCUUUACGUUAACCCGCGGGUUCGACUGCAUUUAACAUGCGUAGUCGCACGAUCGUCCGUAACGAGACGAAGCUGGUCCAGCUCUCGGGAUGAAGCUUCCACGUCCUCCUCAGGUUACCACCCUCUCGAUAUCCUCGAAGGCGUCGAUAUAGUCAAAUUCCGCAAGAGAUGUUUUAUCCCCGAACUUCCGAUUACCCUUCCCCCUGGAUACUUCGGUGACUUCCCGGCCGUCGAGCGUUGGUUUCAGACAUCCCUAUCCCAGCCAGAAGCGUCGCGAUUGAAUAUAGCGUACCUGAAACAGCACGGUGCAGACGCAUUGGUACCACUAGAACUCACCCAAUCGCAUCUAGAGCAGAGUGCACACCAAGAAAGCCCAGGGAAAGAUGAGAUUGGGUUCCGGAAAUUCCACGCACCGCUAAGCCUUUUCUUGGAAUGGAUCCGUGCAGCAGAGACUCAAUCACCGCCUACACGGCUGUAUCUGGCACAGUGUCAGCUCCUUGAUCUACCACAAACACUGCGCAACGAUUUCCCAACUCCUGCUCUCGUGUCCCAAGCAGGACGAGGCGACAUUUACGACACCAACGUGUGGAUCGGACAUCCACCGACAUAUACUCCUCUUCAUCGUGAUCCGAAUCCCAAUCUUUUCGUCCAACUUGCCGGCAAGAAAGUUGUGCGAUUGAUCGCGCCUGAUAAGGGUCAGGCUUUGUUUGCUUCGGUGAGACAAAAAUUGGAAAAGAGUGGUGGCCACGAGGCAGCUGCGUUUCGGGGAGAGGAAAUGAUGCAGGGCCAGGAGAGGGCUUUGUUGGAAGAGGCUGUCUGGGGUGAUGUCUCGGACAUAUCUGGUUCAAAGAACGAUUGCAAGGGAUACGAGGUGCAUCUUGAGGCAGGUGAUGGAUUAUUUAUCCCCAAAGCAUGGUGGCAUAGCAUCAAAGGAGUUGGGAAGAGGGUCACAGCUUCCUCGCCAAGUCGGGCUUUCUCGGUGUUCCAGCUUCAGUGUCCACUAUCUCCUCCCAUCUACCAGCAAGCAAAGUCUUAUACGGCCAUGAAUACUGGAUCGUCCCAAAACCGCCACCAGCAGCAGCAACGACAAAGAGAAGACCCAGCUACGCACACCCCUGAAAAUAAAGAAUAUUUAGCCCUCCCGGAUGCUAGUACAGCUGGUUUUCAAUCUGCGGAAUUGGAUAUAAGUGGUGGUGAUUCCACUGUGAAGCUGGAUCAUCUAGGCCCUCUAGUGGUGAAUCAGGAUGGAACGUUAUCGCGGAUUACAAACUGGGGGCAGAUGACGGAGAUCGAGAGACUGAAUACGCUACGGGUUCUGGGGAAGAGGAAUAAGUUGCGGAUGGAGGCCGUGAAGGCUGCAGGAAGUGGACAAGAGGAUCAGGAGAAAUAA